AUGCGAACAUUCACAUUCUCCACCGCCAUCUUGGCGAUUUUCCUCGCACUAGCCACCUUGGCCUCUGCGCAGCUGGCCGACUCCGUCGCACAGCCCUUCGAGCGGGCCUUUGACGACACGGCGAUCCUCGGCGAGCGUGCGCUGCUCGAAGCGCGUCAAGCGGCCAACACCACAACCACCGCCUCUGCGCCGGACACCACCUCCACGGGCUCGGCACCUCUCGGCGGCGACGCCGUCGUCGUCGAAUCCGGCUGCUCCGUGGACAACAAGCUUUCCAGCAAUCAACAGGCAUCGUGGGGCAACGGCUUCAUCAACACCUGCUGCGGCUUCGAUCAGGGCACCCAGUGCUGGUACCGCAACCAGGCCAACGUACCGGACAGCGAGGAAUGCACCAUCCCCAACUGCGCCGACCUCGAGAGCGACGACAGCAGCAAGAUGCUGGGCUUUGUUCCGCUGAACUCGACCAACGGAAGCGGGAAGUACGGAAACAUCUUUUUGAGUUUGGGCAUGUUGAGUCCCGCAGGCAUCAUGGUGCCCAUGUUGGGUGCUGUCAUCGCGACCGCCGUCAUGGUCUGCGCCAUGAACACGCUCUGA